UUUUCUCACACAAGUCCCCUAAACUACUCCCCUCCCCCCCCUAUAAAGAACAUAACUUGUUGUUCUCAUUGGAUCAUAUACUUACACACACACACACACACAUACACCCACAUAUAUAUAUAUAUAUAUAUAUAUAAAGAGUUGUGUGAUAUAUCAUCAAUGGCGAAGUGGGUGUGUUUGGUUCUUAUCGGUUUUCUUGUUUCGGCUAUGGUGGCUGAGUGUACUUCUCGUCCUGUGGAAAGAAAGGACCUGGGGAUCGACCUGGGUGGCGUUGGAGUCGGGUUGGGUAUUGGACUUGGUUUAGGGCUUGGUGGAAGUGGUUCGGGUUCGGGUGCAGGAGCUGGGUCUGGAUCCGGGUCUGGUUCGAGUUCGUCUUCCAGUUCGUCGUCUUCAUCGUCCAGUUCGAGUUCCGGGUCGGGUGGAGGUGCAGGGUCAGAAGCAGGGUCGGAGGCAGGCUCUUCUGCCGGGUCAAGGGCCGGGUCUGGAUCCGGUAACAGGCAUGGUUAGGGAAUAUUCACAUCAUUUUGUUGGACCAUAUGAAUUUAUGAAUAAAUUAAUAAGCAUAUGGUGGAUUUGUCUUUUUAAUUAGUCUGUCGUGUAUUGUGUUUCUUUUAUUCCCUGUAAUAAUCCAUAUGGGAAAAUUAUUGAAAAAAAAGCAAAAUAUUUUUCUUAAUAUAU